UAAUUCUGAACCAAAACUAGGUGUUUCCCUUAGUUCAGACUCUGUGGUUGGGUGCUAAGAGUGCUGUAGACCUGGGGUUGGUAAUUGCCCGGGGCUUAGGGAUUGCAGUCUGAACCAAUAGUUGUAUCUGGGCCCUGGGUACUUUCACUUUUGGUGGGAGAGUAACAAACUGCGAGGGAAACUUGCCUGAGCGAGCCCCGGCAUCGUUCACAGCUACAUCAGCGUCAGCAGCGCCUACACCCCGCAGGCACUGACCCGGCUCCCCCUCCCAGGGUCAGCGUUUUGCUUCUAAGGAAGAAAUUUAUUCAGCCUGAGGAACAGCCACGAAACGGCUAAAGUCUAGAGGGCUCCCUUGCGGUAUUGUGCUGUUUGAAACCUAAUCUUAUCUCACCUUUUGUUUCUUUUUGCCAGUGGUGGAAAUCUGCAUCCCCUGGUCAGGCGGCCCCCGGCUUCACCAUUUCUGUCGCUCCUGAUCAGGAGCCCAUGGUGAAUUUAACUCCUCCCUCUCUGUAGCCCCGUAACUCCCAAGACUGAACAAGAGGUAGCAAGAACUGCAGAUGCUGGAGUCAGGCAACACGGUGUGGAUCGAGCUGGAGGAACACACCAGGCCCGGCGGCAUCAGGGGAGCAGGAAAGUUAACGUUUUGGGUCGGGUCACUGCUUCAGAAAAUGAAGGCUAUGAACAAGAUGCUGGGAAGAUGGGAUUAGAAUGGGCAGCCAGUUUUUACUUUUAUUUGGGAUGGUGCAGGUCCAGUGAGCUGAAUGGCCAGUUUUUGUGCUGUAAAGUUUUGGUUCCUAUCCACUCCACAGGAGUAGAGUAAUUUGAAUGCCCCAGUGAAAUUUCCCUUUCAAUUACCCUAAACAAUCAAGAAUAAUUCUAGUGUCUCCACAUUACUGAGUGCUCCCAUUCUUAUUCCAGUCCUAGAGCUCUCUGGAGGGGUCAGCACAGGGCAGACAGGGAAGAAGUGUUCCGUAUUGUAGAAGUACACGAACCAAAAGGCAUAUUGGUUAAGGUGAAUCCCAAAAGAAUCAAAGGCGAAAUGAGAGAAACUGUGUGCAGUGAGGUGUUUGGAUAUGGAAUGCACAGCUGGGGAGUGCAGAUUCAGCUACUGCUUUCAAAAGGGAAUUGGACUAUUAGCUGAAGAGAAGAAGAAUUGUAGAGGUAUGGAGAAAAGGCAGUGGAGUGACACUGGCUACAAUGCCCUCGGAGAGAAGAGUGAUGGAAACCACCUCCGUGGUGAGUCUGGUGCCUGAGGAAUUUGAAUGUGGAGUUUGCAGCAAACAGCUGGAUAGACCCAAGCUGCUGCCAUGUCUCCACAGCAUUUGCCAGGAGUGUCUGCAGCCCAAGAAUGCAGACCCAGUUGGUGCUACCUGUCCUGUGUGCAGUGCCCCUGUGCACGAGGACAUCACUAAUGCACAGGACAACACGUUUGCAGCGAACGUGCUGAGCAAGCUGCUGUUACAGAAGAGAAUAGAAGUGGGUCUGGACAUCUGGUGUAGCCUGUGCCAGACCUGUGGGGAUGACAAGCCAGCCACCUCCCUGUGCUUCGAAUGUGACCACUUCAUGUGCCUGAGGUGCUGCCACUCCCACCAGCUGCUAACCGAAAGGUACGGACACCUGGUGAAGACUCUGGAUGAGCUGAGGACGCUUGGCUGUGAAGAGUUUGUGACUUGCGCGAGGAAGGGGAAACAGGCCAUUUGUCCAGACCACCAGGAACAGAAUGUAAGGUUUUUCUGCAAGACUUGUUCCAUGAGCAUUUGCUGCAAUUGCCUACUUCUUUCUCACAUUUCCCCAGAGCACUGUUACCACGACAUUAAGCAGGAAGCCAUUCUGAAGAAGGAAGAGUUGAAAGAAAUGGUGGAGGCAAUCCAGGAAAACCAGAACAAAUUCAUUGAAGCCCAAAAACAACUGAAAUGCCUGAAAGAAAGCCUGGAUAUUGCGAAAAAUAAUACAGAAGCAUUAAUAAAACAGAAAGCUUUAGCCACUAUUGAAGAGAUUAAUAGGCAAGGCGAUGCAUUGCUGACAGAGCUAGAGAGUGAGUGCAGUUCUGUGGAGAGGAGAUUGACCAACAGCUUGAACAAUGCAGAACAAAUAAUUAAACGAUUGGGAGCUGGCAAAGUGCAGGCAGGAAACUUGUUGAGGUUUGGUAGCAGUGAGGAGAUGAUGGUGAUGUACAAUACAAUCAAGUCAGCACUGACAGCCGUUGCGACCGAGACAUUUGAGGAUGUGAGUAAGGAAGACACUUGGAUUGAGUUCAUAGAAUGCACAUUGGAAACACAGAAUCUACUGGGAACACUGUUUUGCAAAGAAGAACCGAGCGAGGGGGCUGAUGAUUCUGAAGCUGAGGACAUGCUGCUGGACACGUUUUCAAAUCACGACCAGGAGAGACCUGCAGCAGGAGUGAGCCCAGGCAACUUCCUGAUCCACCCAGCAGCUGAAGAGAUGCUCAGAGCAACCGUGAGCAGCACCGAUGAGUUUGAGUUCGAGUUCGAGAAUGUGACGUCACCAAAUAGCUGUUCGCAAAGAGCAAACCAAGGACAGAGUGACUCAGUGGACUCUCUCAGACUGCCAUUCACUAAUGUGGUAGGAGGGGAAGGUGAGAGAUCUAAGCAGACUUUGACUCUGACUUCUGUCUGCAGUGCAUCGGCAAGCAAUGUGUGGCCAAGUGGACAUUCUUUCCCAAGCAAAGUCACGGAGAAGCACCAGAAAGUUUCAGAUAAAAGGCGGAAAAAACGAUCACAGUCACCAGAGGAUGAGAAAGUGGCAAAGACCAAAAAACAGUGCCUGCACUCUGAACAUAAUUAUAGCGUGAAGCCUGCAUCUGACUGCCAACCCGGACUCCUAGUCCAGAGCAACAUGGACGGGACUAUGCCAAACAUUUCCUUUGAAAUAGAAAAGGAACCCUGGCAACUGCCAACAGAAAAAAGGAUAAAAAUAUCACCUGAAAGCAGUGAGGACAACAGGGGCCCUAGUGAGGGCAUAUUUUCCCAUCUGUCUGCAAUGCACAGAGAGGCAUCUACAGCUAGUGAGAACAAUUUGUCAUCUGUUCAUUGCUUGGAGCCAAAUGAUUUGAAUCUAAGCAUUGGAGAUCGGAAUCAAGAUAAAGCAACUCAAAUUCACCUCAGUCUGGAAAUGGGGGGGAGUCCACUGGUGUUUUUCCAACUGCAGACCACAGGAACAGGAAGCGGUGAUAUUAUUCAGCUGUCAGCAGUGAGUGGUGAGAAGACCUUUGACAAGUAUAUCCUGCCCAGGGAACCUGUGUCAGCAGGAGCUACAAACAUCUCUGGAAUACAGGUCACGGAUGGAGUCUGGUACCUAAGAGGAGAACCUCAAACAACCUGCAGUAUCCGGGACGCUAUGACAGGGUUCCUUCAGUUCCUGCAGUCACUGGGGAGGUCUCUGUUAGCAGGCCACAACAUUUGGGUCCGUGAUUGUCAAGUCAUUUACAAGGCAUGGGAGGACCUCUUCAUGAAAGAUCAAUUCGCCAGAUGUGUGACUGGGUUCUUGGAUAUGUUAUGGCUGGCCAGGUAUCUUGUCCCCAGGUCAAAGGUCAAGAGCUAUAAAUUGAAGAAUUUAGUCACAGCCUGUGUUCAGGAAUCAUUUAUUUCUGAAGGGUCUCUGAGCAAUGCGAGGGCCAUACAGGAGCUGUAUUCUGUUCUAAAACCUACGCCAGGGCAAAUUCGCAAGAGUCAGUUUACACUCUCUCAGCUCGAGUGCAGAAUAUCACUGCAACCUCUCUUUGAUCAGCAAAUGAUAUCCCGUCUGGUUGUCGAUAAUUUUGCUUCUGAGGGAAUCAGCCUGCAUAUACUGCAGCUGGCUCAUAACAAUAACCCGCAGUUUGGACUGCGAGACCUGCUUCGUGGUUAUGACAAUCUGGGCCUCUUGAACCUGCAGCUGGUUGUAAAACAAAUUCGGUCUUAUUUCGAGCAACAGAAAGGAAAACGCAGAAACUGUCCGAGUACAAUGAGGAGCCUAAAGGUGGAAAAAGAGUGCGUCAGGCAGCUGUGGCAAAUGUAAUUCCUGUGGGAGGUCACAGUCAUUUGAUUAGCUGCUUGUUGAAUGUAGUAAGUAAGUUCCCGUUAAUAGAUUGUGGAACUGUACUCUAAUCUAAGACCACCUCUCUAUCACUCCAGCACUGAUCUGAGACUGUUAGAUGGUGUGCAUGCAUGAAGCAGUCCUGUGGUCAAUGCCCACUCCUUUAACCUUUGUUCUAGGAACAGUUGUUCAGAGUGUCUGGCCUUGGGGUUAGAAGGUUCAAGCUCACUAAUUUCUGCAUCCGUGUUCAGGGCAGUGGUGGAGAGAAUCAGCCUACAUUCCUGCUCUCGGUAGCUAUCUUGUGAACUCUGAGGUUGGAGAGUUCAUGUUAUCCAGACAUUGCCUAUGGACACACCACUGCAUCUGAGCUUUGCUUCAGGUGUUUUGGUAGAUCACUGACAUUCUGAGCAUUAGUCAUACUGAUCAGUGCACCUACAAGCUCCCUGGACACACUGGGUCACUUGCUUGCUCCACAUUCUGCCCUCUUCCAAACCUCCAUAGAAACUGAACAAUGGGACAACAUCAGAGAGGCCCCAGAUCUCAUCAGAGCCCGAGAGCAUGAGCCAAACUGAAGGAUCCAUUGGCAUUGUGACCCUUGUUUCCCUUUCCACAUCAGUUAGGGCUCCUGUACAAACUGUUUGGAAAAGGCAGUCAGGCAGCCGUUCCGUGUGUGGACCUUGAGUUGCUGUUGUAGCAAAAGAGGGGGUACAGGAUCAGAAAACACAAUUACUGCAUCCAUCUGCAAGGUCUCAUUUUAGACAAAUAUCACAGUCCUCAUUUCCUUGGGACAUGAUACCACUGAUUACUGGUAAGUGAAAGUGAAAUGGGAUCAGUUAUGAGGGCGUGUAGUUGGCAAGAGAUUGGAGGGCAUGAGCACCAGCGUGGAGUUUGCUUGCUCCAGGUAGCUGGAAAUCCUUGUUUGCCCGAUGUUGGGGAUGAGUAACCCUCAUUAAAUUUUCUUGGAAAAGCUCAAAUGCCUAGUUUAAGUCCUCAUCUCCUAUAAUUUAUAUUUUUGCAUUACCGGCACGCCCUCUGUAACCUAAAGGAGCCAACUUGUGUGGGAUCUUUCUGGGUGCUAUGUGGUCACACAGCUCAGAGGGAACCUUGAGUUGGAGACAGAUACGCUGAGUUUCUAGGCAACAUUCCACACUCUGUCCAGUUGGUAAAGGCAGACCAAAGUAGAAGGAAGAAUAAAAUCUUCACUGGGAGACAAGGCCAAUUUGUAUCUCACCUGGCAGUCUGAGGACCCACCUCAACCACUAGCACCAGCACCAACCCUCUUUCCCCCACUUCCUCCUUUUUACUGAGUGCUGCAUCAUCUAGGGAGAUACUUUGUCCUGACUGAAUUUAAGCACAGGAAUCUCAGUGUAAGGAGCUGAUUUCUGUAUGAAACAUACCUAGAAUACCCUCCAGACUACUGUCCGCAGACAAAGCCUUUCAGGCAUUAUCUGCCAUGUUACCAGUCAAAACACGUGAUUGAAUCAAUUGCGGGUAUAGGUGGAUCCCACAAAAUGACUCUCAGUCACACCAAUCUCGGUGUAAAGUGAUUGAUUAAUUUUCUGAAGAAGAGUGCAGACCUGAAACGUCAGCCUUCCUGCUCCUCUGCUGCUUGGCCUGCUGUGUUCAUCCAGCUCCACACCUUGUUGGCUCAGACUCUAGCAUCGGCAGUUCCUACUGUCUCUGAUUAAUUCCACCUCUUUUAUACUGAGACUGUACCUCUGUAUAAAUUUGUCACGAGGUUCAAAAUAGAAAACUUCAAAUUUAUGGUUCACAGUUUUUCAAAAUAAAUCUUUAUGACAUUUUAUGCAAGUAUUUCAAUGCUCAUUUUAUUUCUAAUUUGGGCCAUUGGGAGCACUAACUUGUUAUAAGUUUGUAAUUCAGGGAAGGUGCUGUUUAUAGGCCACUGUUUCCUUUCCCUCUUAUUCAGUGAUCAUGCUGGGAAUAAAUAUUCUGCUGUGUUCUGUUGAUUUUAUGCCAAUGAUUUUUGGAGCAUUCUUUCAGUUAUUCAUGAUUUCCAGAGCAUGAAAAGCUGCAAAGCUUAGAAUUCAAGGCCUUUAGAAUGUAAGGGGAUGGAUUGGAAGG